CAAAUAUUCAAAUAUUUGUAUUUUCAAUGUGUAAAAGUUGCACGUGCUUAAGUGUGGUCAUUUUAAAUUAUUUUAUCAGUGCACCCGAAGGGAUUAUUUCAAUUUUUUAUCCAUGAUCUGAAGAACACAAACACAAAAUGAGUACAUCGUUGGCCGAUCAGCUCAAACGAUUUUCUAAACCCCAAACUACAAACUUAGAAAGAGGAAAGACUCGUGCUUCACUCUUAUUUGAUCCCAAAGAAGCUGCUGGAAUAAGAAAGGAUGUAUUUUAUGAAAUUGGAUUGAACGGUCUCGAGGAAUUGAUUUCUAGAGAUGAAAUAUUUGAUCAGUUCACAAGAACGUUAUUUUCUUUAGAAUCAAAAGACUUUGAAAGAAGCAUUGAAUCAUCAUCUAGCAAUGUUAAGCUCGAUAAGCACAUUAGAAAGUUUUUGCUUCUUCUGUCACCAUAUAUUCUUUUGAAUUGCUGUUUCAAAGCACUUGAAUGGCUUAUUUAUCGUUAUUCAAUUCAUCAAUAUAAUAGAGAAGAUUUGUUAAUGUUAGUGCUCCCAUACCACGAAACAAAGAUCUUUCAGAAAAUAGUAGCCUUGAUGAAAUUUGAAGAAGUAAAUGAUCCAUGGGCCUUCCUGAAAGGGAUACAGAAAGCUGGAGUACCUCUAACUAACCAAAUUCUAUUGAAUCAUGCAUCUAGUGAUCCAUACUUCAUACAUUUUGUUUCGGAUUUCAUUCUGAAAAUUAUUAAGGUUCAUGAAAAACCUAACAACUUAACAGUUGCUUUCAACUUUUACAAUCAAGUUUUCAUCGGAGCAAUUGAAUAUUCCAAAGGAACACCAGAAGCAAUAAUAACACAAAUGUUUCCAGCACUUUUGAAAGGAUUAAAUUCGAAUAUACUGGAUUAUAGAGCUGCUUCUUAUAUCAUAACUGCUCGAUUAGUUACCAAAUGUACCUUAGCAGAUGUUGUACUUGACAAAUUCAUGGAAAAAAUAUCAAACAAUGAUGGUACUAAUCUGAAGAAUGAAGCAGUCCUCCUGUAUUCUAUUUUGUACCAAGGACAACCUCAUUAUAAAACCAUACCUGAAGAUGCUCUUGCAGAAAUAGUAGCUCAACAAGAGUUUCCAAAAACACUUCAAGAACUAAAUAAUACUGGUACAUAUAUUUAUCCUUUCUUGGAGGUUUUGAUCAAAAAAGUAAUAGAGAGUGGAAUAGAAGAUGAGGCUGAACAUUACCGAAAAUUCUCAACUGAUUUGUUAGAUCAACUCAAUAUUGAAGAAGGAAGUGUCGCCUCAAUCUUGAAUGCAAUAAUAGAUUCAACACCUAUCAAAUUGAAAAAGAAGCCAGAAGUGAGCACCUGGAUUACAGAAUUGAUUGCAAAAAUUGAGAAACAAUAUCCUACCCAGUUUGAUCAGCAAGUCUACAAAAUUUUGACGAUAACUGAAAAUGAGAAAAGGAAAAUUCGUCUUCAGAAAAUUUUGAAAGGUGUAAUGAGACUCCAGAAGAAAUUUGACAUUUUUAACAAAUUAUAUGAUUCUAAUGCUCUGAUAAGAGUUGAUGCAAUCAAAUUUAUAUCUACGAAUUAUCAUGAGCUUAGAGAUGAGGAGAAAGACAUAUUGAAGGUUUCUCUGGAACACCGACUGAAAGAUGACAGUUACGAGGUGGUGAGAGAAGCAUUAGGAAUAAUUGAAAACACUAAAAUUAUACAAGGCGAUGGACUGAACAAAAUAUUAUCUGAACUUUUAGUAAGGUGCUACAAGGAUAAACAUUGCUGGGGUAAGGUUCUAAUAAAAGUUUUGAGACUCCUUUGUGUUACAGAAAAUUCUCAUAACUUUGACGUAAUUUCACAAAUUUUUCCACUUCUAUUACCAAAAACUAAUGAAGAAAUAACUGUUGCUAAAUCAGUAAUUGAAUCUUCAUUAUUUCAAAAUUGCCCCUUGUUCAAGAAAUUCAAUAGCAAAACAAGUUUGAAUAUUGCUGGUGAUUUUCCAAAUGAGCUCUUCAAAUGUUUAAAGGCAAAUGGAAACGAUAAAGUUCUUAUUGAUCUAUACAAAAAAACUGAUAUUGAAACUAUCAAGAAUUUUUCCCCUCUUCAAAAAUAUAGUAUUGCACUUCUAACAAGUAAUAUUAUUGAGAAAAAUUCUUCACUGGAUGAAGUUUUACCUCUUCUAGAUAUUUUGGAGAAAAUUUCAAAUGUUGAUGGUCCAAAAUCAACAAAAGCUGAAUGUUCCAUUUUGGGAAAUUUAAAAAUUGCUAAAAAGGGUAAUUUUCCCUUGAGUGGUUAUUUAGAAUGCAUCUUCAAUAUGAUCAUGUGUAUUGAUAAAAUUGAAUUGGCAAAAAUAGAUCUAGCAUCUUCCAAUCUGACCUGCAGAUUUUUGCUUUCUUCUUCUUCUAUUUUUUAUCAUGAUACUGAGGUACAUCAAGAAUAUUUGGAUAAAUUCAAUGAUUCCAUAUUUAAAACUAUCGACGCCACAGUUGAUUUCAUGCUACAUUUAGUUGUUUAUAAUGAAAAUUUUGGUGGCACAGCCCAAAAUAUGAUUUUGGAGGUUCUUCUCAAAAAAUUGAAAUGUUGUUCUGUAUCUAGAUUUUUUGAUUUGACGAAAAAUUAUGUUCCAUAUAUAUUAAUUUUGUUGACCUCACAAGAUGAAAGAAUUCGUAAGAACACUUUAGAAAUUGGUAACAUAGUAAUGAAGUAUCCCCAUGAUAAGAACUCUUACUUUUCUUUAUUUGAAUAUCUGAUGGAUCAUCAAGAAGAAAUAGUUUUGGAUUCAAACCAACUUCCUAUUAUGAUAUCAAACACUCUGAACUCAAAACAAAUUAUUCCAAAAGAAAUCUUGAAUGCCUUAGUUGAUGUUUGCUGCAAUCCUGAAAGCCCCAUUUACCUAGUGGCUGGUACUUCCAAAGUUUUAUCAAGUGUAAACAACAUUGCCCUUUUAGAGAAAUUAUCAACUCUAGCCAUCUCUAUUUUGGAAAAGAAUUCUAAAAUUUUCAGUGAACCUGAAUCUUAUAUCAUCCAAAACAAUGUUCAUAGAUAUGACAAUACAAUUGGAACAAGUAUCAAAGAAGAACAAAAUGCAUUCAAGUUCUUAGUAUCAGUUCUCAAAAAUGAUAGGGAAUGUUUGAACAUUAGGGGAGAAAUAAUUUCACCAUCGCUAUUGGCAAUGAAAUAUUUGACAGAAUCCUUUUUUUCAUCAUUGUCCAAAAAAAUUAAAUCAGUUGUUUUAGAUUCAAUCAUUGAAGUAUCUGCUAGUCCUCAAAAUCCGAACAUAUUAUUAGCAUCCAACAAAAUAUUCAAACACAUUGAUUUGAAUGUUGAUCUCAUAAUUCCUCAGUUGAUUGACAUGGAGGAAGUUCAGUCCCCUAAUCUAACUUUCAAUAAAAAAAGGAAACGUACCUCCUUAGUUCAAACAGUUAUUCCAACAAUUGAUAUUUUGGAUACUUUAGAGUGGAAGAAAGGGGUUAGAGUUCUUGAAUUGAUUCAAGACAAGAAAAAAAUGACCAAUGUGAAAUAUUUGAUACCGAAAUUGUUCAAUAUUCUCAAAAAAUGUUUGAAUUUCGAAGAACAAUCUGCUGUGGAAUAUCCCAAACAACUUAUUCUUUCAUUGCUAUUAACUUGUUGUCAAAAGUUGGAAAAUGUGAAAUUGUCUGAAAAUUCUUUCGAUAUGGAAUUGGUUGUGCAGUGUAUUAGGGCUUCUUCAAAUCCUCAAACCCAUCAUCAUGCUCUUUUGGUAUUAGCACAUUGUGCUUCAUUAUUUCCAACACAAGUUUUGCAUCAUAUUAUGGCAAUAUUCACUUUCAUGGGAUCUUCAGUUCUCAGACAUGAUGAUAAUUACAGCUUCCAAUUAAUUUCUAGUAUUGUAGACUCAGUAAUUCCCAUAUUAGUUGAAGAUGGCAGUACAGAAACUAUUAUAUCUGUAUUGAGGGUAUUUGUUGAUGCCCUUCUUGAUAUACCUGAGCAUAGACGGUUGAAACUUUACACACAACUCCUUGAAAAAAUCGAUGUAGACAAACAUCUUCAUCUAUUUUUGCAACUCACAUUUAUAUCUCAUGUUCUAAAUGGAUUAGAAGAAGAAAGCAAUGCAGGAAAGAAAUACGAGUUGGAAGAUUAUUCUUCAAUUAAGAGAUUGAAUAUUGCUAUUGAACUAGUAAUGCAAUUUCCUCCUUCAGUUGGUUUUAAUGCUUGUAAGAAAUUAAUUUAUAAUUUGAGGAGAUUGCCGAUUAACAAGGAAGAACUACAAAAAAAUACGUUCGAAAUUGAUAUUUGUGAUUUAUCUGAAAAACAAUUUAGAAAUUAUAAAUACACCAUUUUGAUCUUCAUAAAUAGUCUUAUAUCCACAAAAGAAUUUAUAAGUAAAAUUGCCGAACUCCCUGAUGAAGACCACGAGAGCCUUGAACCAUAUUAUAAGGAUAUCAUUGUGGGAAUUCUGUCUUACAUACAGAAAACGCAUCCAAUUCUUGAUAAAAAUAAAGAUUCUCACUAUUGGAAAGCUAUACAAAAUCUGAGCUUAGAAAUUUUAGAUUGUAUGAAUGCUCUUCUAACACCAGAUAUGUUUUUAUUAGUCAUUAAGGGUUUGAUGUCCCAUGAUUUAACAAGUAUCAGAAAGAGGUCCUUAGAUCUCUUGAAUUCAAAAUUACAAUACAGUGAUCCAUUCAUUGAGGAAUGUAAUCAUAAAGACUUACAUACAACUGCUGAUUCAUUAGUUACCAUAAUUGGUAAACUCAAUGCAGACAUGACAGAAGACGAGAUGAUAGUGAUUCAGAAAGCACUCCUUUCCUUGAAACUCAUUACAAAAAUCGUGGGUUCAGAGGAUCAAGAAAAGUAUGUUGAAAUAUUAGCAUUCAUUACAAAGCUCAUAAAAUCAAAUAAAGCUCAAGAUUAUGUUCUGGCCUCAUUAAUAUUAUGUUUGGCAGAAUUAUGUAUUUCGUUAGGAGCAAGAGCCAUUGAAUAUCUUCCUAGUUUCAUGCCAGUUCUUUUGAAAAUUUUAACACAGGAGAGAAAUAAAGAUACUCCUACCCUAUUAUGUAUCAGUUUGUUGACUACCAUUCAGAAAAUAUUCGAAGUUUUAUCACUUUUUAUGACUCCGUAUUUGAAGAAAAUAUUAUAUGAGAUAUCCCAACUUAAUGGAAAGUGGUUAGAAUCAACAGAUGAUCCAAAAUUGACUCACUUUGUGGAAAAAUUGAAAAUUAUCAAAUCUGACCUCGCUGAAAACGUACCCAUAAGAAUCCUUAUACCAGCAAUUGAGGAAUGUUACUCAGAUAUAAUUGAAAAGAGCAAAUUUGAAUCAAUUGGGCCUAUUAUGAGUAUUCUUUCUGAAAAUUUACGUCCUUUGUCCAGUUCUGAAAUAUCGCCACAUUUACCGGAAUUGAAACAGUUCUUCUUGAAAGCUUUAGAGUUCAGAAAUUUGGAAUUAUGCACUAUAGAGCAAAUCAAUAUAAUUGAGGACCAUAUUAUUGGGGCAUUAGCUACUUUUGUACUUAAAUUAUCCGAUUCAGCUUUUAGACCUUUCUUCAAUAAAAUUUUCCUCUGGGCUGGGGAAAAUGAGGAAAAAAAUACUAAAAUCAUUACAUUCUAUAAUGUAACAUUUGGUUUAGCUACACAAUUGAAGAGCUUAUUUGUACUUUUUGCUGGUUCAUUCAUAAGCAAUGCUGCUAAAAUACUUGAUGCUUGCAAUAAAAAAAAGUCUUCUCAGUUGUAUUUUGAAGAUCAGACUAAGAAUAUUUUAUUGUUGGAAAGAGUUCUCCAAACCCUCAAACUUGUUUUUGAACAUACUACAAGGAAAUUUAUCACCAAAGAACGGUUCGAAAUUUUGAUGCAACCAAUUGUUGACAAUUUAGAGAAUGACUUGAAUGGUAUAGCUGAUUUAGAAACAAGAAAUAUUGAACUCCUCACUCCUUGUAUUGUUCACUUUGCUGUUGCUACAGGAGAUGAUUCUUUAUGGAAACAAUUGAAUUAUCAAAUAUUAUUGAAAAUGAGGAAUUCUAACUAUAAAAUUAGAUUGAUAAGUUUGAAAUGUCUAACAGAAGUGGUAAAAAGAUUAGGAGAAGAUUUCUUACCUUUAUUGCCAGAAACGAUUCCUUUCUUAUCUGAACUUCUCGAAGAUGAUCAUGAAAUUGUACAAGAAAGUUGUAAACAGUCCAUCCAGGAACUUGAAGAUGUGUUGGGAGAGAAUUUAUCGAAAUACUUUUAAAAAAUCACAAUCUCUUACAAUUCCAAUACAAUUCUCAUCAUAUUUGAAAUGAGGAUAUUCAUUCACUCAUAUUCCGUAAUUCCCUUCCAAACAAGGCAAUAAUUGUAUUAACCAAAACUCAAUUCUUUUAAAAAACAUAUUUUAAAAAAACAAUAAUCUUUAUUGUAAUCUCUGACUUGAAAAACAUCGCUUCAUUAUUUUCCACAUCUUUUAGAUACAUAUUGAAAAUCUAUGUAAAUAAUUCCAUUGUAAAUAAAACUUAAUAUGUGAAUAAAUGUAAUGAUUUUAUA